UUUGGUUGAAUGGGUGUCAGUUACAAGAGAAUCGUUUUUUGUUUGUUUUUUCUCGGAGGAAGUAAAAAGAAGUUUGACAAAACUUCAUUUUCUUUCCGUUAUAAAUAUAAUUUAAUCAUUGUUUUGUGAAAUUUGUUCUGCUGCAAACUUUUUGACAAACACCAACAAGAAAUGUUAUAAUAUGAGUGACAAAUGAGAGGAGCAUAACAAAGGAAGUGGAUCCUUUUUCAUUCUAUAUGAUCAAGACCUUGUAAUAUUAUUAGUGUUUUCAGUGCUGUAAUGUUCAACUUGAACUUGUAAACUUGAAUCACUUUAUUCGGCUUUUGAAAAAAGGUAACCCAUGAAGCUUUUUAUAGAAUACUGGCUUACUGCUCUUUUAGGAACAAACGUACUUUUAAGUGCACAGAGUUUCGAGUCUUCGGGAUGUGAGAAGGGCGUGGAAGGAAAGUGGAAACCUUUUCCUGGAAAAGUCGUCGGUUUCGGCCUGUCUAAGCUCAACAAUGCUUCCGUCAGAAUUAACCUUAUGUAUCAUACUGAUACACUGGAGAGCUGUUUAAAAGAAUGCUGUAAUUCUCAGUAUGGGGAAUGCAACAUCUUUGGAUUUAGUACUAAAAGAAUUCACUCCAACUGUUAUCACUGGUUUUGUUCUCCUCUGUCUCUAUGUUUGUUUGUAGAGGCUAAAGACACCGAUUCCUAUGUACUUAUUACGAACAAAGACAGAAUAUCAGAUAAUAAAAAUACAGAAGAUUCUUCUAAAUAUGCUCCAGAUCAUAAACUUACUGAUCUAAACAUACCUGCUCCUAAGCUUAGCAAGGAAACAGCAGAAUCAACGCAGUUUUAUCAAGAAGCAGUUUCGAAUAGUAGUAACCUGCCAAACCACCAGGAAGAGGUCACUAUUCUUCACGUGAAAAACGGUGAGCCAAGUCACCGAGUAAAUGAUAGCGUAGAAAAACUUCACAAAGUUUUAAAAUCAGACUCUAUAUCUAAUGUUGCACUCACAACCAAUAGAGAAAAUCUUUUAGAUAGAACUGUGUCCAACAUAGUUGUCCAGAAACCAUUUUUUCUUGUUACUUCUGGUUCUGGAAGCAAGAGAAACAUAAGCCUUGUCACAGACCUGAAGGUACAGCAGGACUUGAAACAUGAAGAAUUUACUGCGACGACGUUUCCCGAAAUCAAGAAUGCAUCAUCAGUAAUAAUUCGGAACUUGCCUUUCAGUUUAUCAGAUAACUACACUAUUCCAACAAAUAAUAUUACUGCUGAACAAAUAAGUGAAGACUUUAAUAUCAAAGUUGUUACAAGUUCUAGAUUUAGUAAUAACGAGCCAACAGAAGUUGCUGAAAAGAAACAAGCUGUUAUUUCAUCAAGGUCUGAUAUUUUGAAUUCAUCAUUGCCGCCGUUAAGUAAAAUUAAGCAUUCAAAUAUUUCUAAUAAUUUCCAAUCUCUCAAGCAAAAUAUUUCCAUAACCCAGAGCAGUUUUAUUAUGAUUAAUUUCAGCCAUUUUUCCAUGUCAACUUUUCCACCAAGGGCAAUGAACAAAACUUUAAAAACGAAUGAUUAUAUGACGCUCGUAUCACGCCUAAGUGUUUCCGAUAGACAGUUAAAGACAGUUAGCACCGUUUAUUAUACAAAUAUACCAGUUAAAUUUAGUGAAAGCUUUUACAUUAACGAAUCAAAAACUAUUAACAUUACAAAAACUCUGACAGGCAAUGAUACCUUUAUGAACGAUCAGAACUAUUUAAACCUUUAUGUAUCAUCCCUUCAAAUUGUUAUUAUUCUAAUGAUAGGUUUAAUAAUGCUGUUGACAGCGUUUGGUAUAAUAGGUAAACGUGUGUCCGAAACGUGGCAGCGACGCAAUUACUCCAAGAUGAACUUUUUAACCGAAGGCAUGUAUUACUCAUAAGCCUAAAACAUGUUCUUAUUUGGGUUUUCAUAAACAAAAGAUAUUUGUGUAAUACUCAUUUUUUUUUAAUAUUUAAUUUUUCUUGUCGUUAAUGGUUAGCAGAGAUCGGUCUGUUUGCAUGCACAUGUCAAGGUGCGAUAAGUUUUCCAUAAGGAAAGCGAUUCAAUUUCAAAUUACUCUCAUAAACUCAAUUCAAGCGUAUUCGAUUACGAACAAUGUACAAUAAAGAAUAAACAAAAAGUGACAACAUUCUAUUAACUGUGAGGAAACUAUACGCACGUACACAGGGGAGGUUUCGGCCGAACCCUCUAUUUUUGUGAUGUAAAAAAUAUACUUAUAUAGUUAUAGCGCAGCUGCUUAUGAUAUUUAACGUUUUCUACAUAGACUACAAUCUUAUGAUGAAGCAUUAAUAUUUUUUGGCUUGAAAUAGUCGCACGUCCCCAAAUCCCCGUAUCAUGCAUUGCAUGCUGAUUCUGCUUUGCAUAAUAUGUGUUGGCUUUUCAUCUUACAAGUUAGAACCUUCUUUUCAAACAUUCUGCGUAUGGGCCUGAGCUAAAUAUAGUUUUGUAUUGUUUUCUUUAUUUCAUAUGGCUUAAUUAUAAGUAUAUGUUUAAUUAUUGCAUUCCAAGUAUUUUUAUCACAAUGUAAUAUUUCUUUAAUAAAACAAAAAA